AUGGACUUCGGGGAUGACCAGGAGGGGGGAUCCGAGAGCAACCACCACCAGCAGCAGCAGCAGAACCAGAACCAGCGCCGCAAGCGCUACCACCGCCACACGCCGCGCCAGAUUCAGACGCUCGAGGCGAUGUUCAAGGAGUGCCCCCACCCCGACGAGGCGCAGCGCGCCAAUCUCAGCCGCGAGCUCGGCCUCGAGGCCCGCCAGAUUAAGUUCUGGUUCCAGAACCGGCGCACGCAGAUGAAGGCACAGCACGAACGCCAGGACAAUUGCUUCCUGCGCCAGGAGAACGACAAGAUCCGCUGCGAAAACAUAGCCAUGCGCGAGGCGCUGAAGAAUGUUAUCUGCCCCACCUGCGGCGGCCCGCCCAUCGCCGAAGAUUACUUCGACGAGCAGAAGCUCCGCAUGGAGAACGCUCGCCUGAAGCAGGAGCUCGACCAGGUCGCCGGCCUCACCGCCAAGUACCUCGGCCGCCCCUUCACGCAGCUGCCGCAGGGCACGCCCCAGAUGAACGUCUCCUCGCUCGACCUCUCCAUGGGCGGGGUGCCAAUCGGCGGCGUGCCGAUGGGCGGCGGGCACCACCAGCCGUUCUGCGGCGGCGGCCUCUCGCUGGACCUCGACCUCAGCGGGGCUGGCCUGGGCAUGCCGUUGUCGGACAUGCCGACCAUGCAUCUGCCGGCGCCCGUGACUGAAAAGGAGCGCCCCUUGUUGGCCAAGAUGGCCACGCGGGCCAUGGACGAGUUGAUCCGGCUCACCCAGCAGGGCGAAAACGUGUGGGUCAAGAUCCCGGGCGGCGACGGCCGGGAGAUCAUCGACGUCCAGGCGUACGACUCCAUCUACUCCAAGCCCGGCAGCAGCAACCUCCGCGCCGGAGACAUCCGCGUCGAGGGCUCCCGCGACUCGGCAAUCGUGUGCAUGAACCCCGUCUGCCUCGUCGAAGUGUUCAUGGACCCGAGCAAGUUCAUGGAGUUCUUCCCAAGCAUCGUGUCCCACGCGCGGAUCACUGACCCCCUCGUCAAUGGCCUGAACGGGAGGAGCGAGUCACUCGUCAUGAUGUACGAGCAGCUGCACUUCACGACGCCGGCCGUCCCGACCCGCGAGUUCAGCUUCCUCCGCUACUGCCGGCAGAUCGACCAGGGCAUGUGGGCCAUCGCCGACGUCUCCGCGGACAUGCAGCGCGAGGUCCACUACGGCGGCCCGCCGUCGCGCUCCCGCCGCCUCCCGUCCGGCUGCCUCAUCUCCGAAAUGACCAAUGGCUACUCCAGGGUGACCUGGGUCGAACACAUGGAGAUCGAGGACAAGAGCCCGAUCGGCCCCCUGUACCGCGACAUCGUGCAGAGCGGCGCCGCCUUCGGGGCGCACCGCUGGGUCGCCGCGCUGCACCGCGCCUGCGAGCGCUACGCUUCUUCAGUCGAGGUGCCCGGCGUGAUGCACGGCGAGACCACCGGAGUGACGGCUGAAGGGAGACGCAGCAUGAUGGCGCUGUCGCAGCGCAUGGUGAGCAGCUUCUGUGGGGGCAUGACGGCGUCGCCGCAGCACCAGUGGACGACCAUGCCCGGCGCCGGCGGCAGCGAGGUGUGCGUGCGCGUGUCCAUGAACCAGGGCUCCCAGCCGGGGCAGCCCAACGGCGUGGUGCUCGGCGCCGCCACCUCCGUCUGGCUCCCCGUCCCCGCCGACCACGUCUUCGGCUUCCUCCGGGACGAGAACACGCGCACCCAGUGGGACGUCCUGUGCAAGGAGAAUUCGGUGCAGCCGGUGUCGCGCAUCCCCAACGGCCCCAAUCCCGGGAACUGCAUCACGCUGCUGCGGGCCCUGGGCCCGAGCCAGAGCCCCCAAGGUGGCCAGGCCACCAUCCUGGUGCUGCAGGAGAGCUGCACGGACACGUCGGGGUGCUCCAUGGUGGUGCACUCGCCCAUCGACAUCCCGGCGGCCAACAUGAUGAUGAGCGGCGCCGACCCGUCGGGCAUCCCGCUGCUGCCCUCGGGGUUCGCCAUCUGGCCCGCGGGCGUGGGCGGCGGCGCGUCCACCAGCGCCGCCACCCCGAUGGCGGCGGGGUGCAUCGUCAGCGUCGCCUUCCAGAUCCUCAUCAGCAGCCUGCCGUCGUCCAAGCUCAACGCCGAGUCCAUCGCCACCGUCAACAACCUCGUCAGCACCACCGUCCAGAACAUCAAGACCGCCCUCAACUGCGCCUAG